AGGUAAAAGCAGGAGAGAGAGAGAGAGAGAGAGAGAGAGAGAGAGAGAGGUCCGCCAUAGAGAGGGAGAGAAUCUUGAGCCAUCGGCAAUUUCUGAAGGACAUUUCACUUUCGUUGCUUCUUCGCCAUCGGAACUUUGGUUGCAACCGAAAAUCCACAGAUUCUCCGGCAAAAAUUUUGGGUGCUGUUUCAUUUUUCUUCUCUUUCGUUCUUGACUUGAAAUAGACUUUUCUCUGCAUACCCAGCAAUGCUCUGUUUGCUUAAAAUAAUAAAGAUAAUGAUGAUGAUGGUAAUAGCCAAGGGAGUUCUUGAAUAUUUAAGGUUGCGUGUCAAAUCUGCUCUUUCUUCUUCUUCUCCUGAUUUUUCAUGCCAUUUAUACCUUUCUGUGGUUGGUUUUGGUUCACUGUUUAUGAGGCUUCCAGAUUCUUCUGAAUUUAUUGCAGGGGCUUUCACCUACCCAUUUUGCCCUCGAAGCUAGCACGAUGGCCUAGGAUUACUUUCUAGAACGGAGAAAUUUCGCGAUUUACGAGUUGGUCUUGAGUUUGUGUUGGUGGGUAUUUCUGGAGCUCGGGUUUGAACGUUUGUUGGAGCCCUUGUUUCAUCUCUGUUGAAAGAAAGCUUCUGAAGGGGGAAAGUUGUGAAAAAGAAAAUGGAAGAACCAGUGGCAACAAGAUAUUGGUGCCAUAUGUGCUCUCAGACGGUAGACCCCAUCAUGGAAGUUGAGAUCAAAUGCCCGAUUUGCGAUAGCGGUUUCAUUGAGGAAAUGGGGGCUGGCACGGGGGACAGUCAGGGACAUGAUUUGGACUUGGGAUCAGAUCGAGCGCUCUCUCUUUGGGCCCCGAUCUUGCUCGGCAUGAUGGGCCAUCCCCAUCGCCGCCGAAUAUCAAGACGUUUGGAGUUUGAUGACGAGGAUGAUGACAACGAAGAUGGCGAAUCGCGGCAUGAGGGAGAAACAGAAUUGGACCGGGAAAUUGAAUCCAUAAUCCGGAGGAGGAGGAGAAGCUCCGCUACUAUUUUGCAAUUGUUGCAAGGCAUUAGAGCUGGAAUUGCUGCGGAAUCUGACGAUGCAAACCGAAAUAGAGACGUAGACAGAGAAGAUGGAGAGAGGGACAGAGAUAGGGAUAGGGAUAGGGAUAGGGAACAAGAGCGGGUAAUCUUUAUCAAUCCUUUUAAUCAAACUAUCAUUGUUCAGGGUUCAUCCUAUGAUUCAACGCGGAAUGAGAACACUGUUGGUUCACUUGGUGAUUAUUUCAUAGGCCCCGGUUUAGAUUUGUUAUUGCAGCAUCUGGCAGAAAAUGAUCCCAACAGGUAUGGGACUCCACCGGCACAGAAAGAGGCAGUGGAAUCGAUGCCCACUGUAACAAUCAAGGAGAACUUACAAUGCUCCGUUUGUUUGGAUGACUUUGAGAUUGGAGCGGAAGCAAAGGAAAUGCCAUGUAAGCAUAAGUUCCAUUGUGGGUGCAUAUUGCCUUGGUUAGAACUUCAUAGCUCUUGUCCUGUUUGCCGAUAUCAGUUGCCUGCUGAUGAGUCCAAGCUCGACUCUGAUGGGUCUAGAAAUGUCAACAACAGGAGGCAGAGGGAGAGAGAGAGCGAAAAUGGUCAUGAAAGUGGUGAAGAUGGGAAUGACGAUGAAAGAAGUGGAAAUAGCAGGAGGUUUUCCCUUCCAUGGCCUUUCAGUGGCUUGUUUUCAUCGUCGGGAUCUCAAUCCGGCGGAGGCAAUUCUCCAUCAUCCUCAUCAGCAACGCAGGCGAACGGCCAUGAAAGCUCUUCACAAAUGGAUGAAAAUUAAGUGCGGAGUUCUUAACAAACAGAUGAGACCUGAGCAUACUUUUGCGAGCUUUCGGCUUUUGUUGUUACUCUAUGCCGUAUAUUGCCUGAAGUUCUUGCGGUCGCUACUUUGCUAGUGUACAUAGUUCCUUGCAUUAUGAAUCCGGAUCCGUAACGAGCAGAUUGUGGUUACUUCUGCCUUUGCAUGUAUGUACAUCUUUUGAGCCUUGUCAAAUUUCCCUUGGCAUCA